AUGGUCAAGCCCCUAACCUUCAAGGGCGACAAGCCCAAAUCCAAAAAGCGCAAGACUCCUUCAUCCGCCACCGACCCGUCCGAUCUCUCCUCCGCACCCUCAAAACUCCCCAAACAGUCUUCCCCAGACCGCGACCCAAAUCCCAAUGCCGUCACCGAAGCCGCCGAAAACAGCGCCGAGGACCAAAGCUGGGUGUCCGCCGAUACAACCUCCGACAUCUCGGGCCCAAUCCUCAUAAUCCUCCCCUCCGACCCACCCACAUGCAUCGCCUCCGACAUCCACGGCAAGGUCUUCGCAAGCGAGCUCGAGAACCUAAUCGACGGCGACUCGCGCACCGCAGAACCCCACGACGUCCGCCAAGUCUGGAUCGCGACACGCGUCGCAGGCACAGAGGGAUUCAGUUUGAAAGCCGCACACGGGCGGUACCUCUCCUGCGACAAAUACGGGCUCUUCAGCGCGACGGCGUCCGCGAUCUCCGCGCACGAGUCGUUCCUCGUCAUCCCCUCCCCCGACAUCCCCGGCGCAUUCUUCAUGCAGACGCAAGGCGGCACGAGCGAAACAGAUACAUUCGUUAGUGUGAAGGAGGGCGGCAGGGGCGUUGAGAUCCGCGGUGAUGAGAGCAGUCUUGGAUAUCAGACGACGGUCCGCGUGCGGAUGCAGGCGCGCUUUAAGCCGAGGAUCAGGGCGAGUAAGGAGAGUAAGGCGAAGGAGAAGGUUAGUCGGAAGGAACUGGAGGAGGUUGUGGGGAGGCGACUUGAUGAGGAUGAGGUUAAGAGGUUGAGGAGGGCGAGGAGGGAGGGGAAUUUUCAUGAGGAGGUGCUAGAUGUUAGGGUCCGCGGGAAGCAUGAUAAGUUUGCUUAG